UAAAACCGUUUUUCCCGGCAAACGCCCAUGGAGGCACUGGCCCACUGCCGAACCCCAUGUGGUGGUCACUGCAAUGCCUGACAAAAGUUCUGGACGCUGUGGUGUCGUCUUGGUUCGUGGUCGACUUUUCUACCUUCUGCGGGCUGAGAUUUGACAUAGGACAGUUCACCGUCGUGUUCUUCAUUGAUGCUCACGAUGCGGUGGACUAGUCUUUUGGGCCUUGUGCUUGCUUUCUUUAGCUUUUCAAUAUGCCCUGUACUGGGCCAACUUCCUGACUGCGCCCAAACAUGUUUUGGAGCGGCCGUCCAAAACCAGACGGAAUGCAAACCCACCGACAUGCCUUGCAUUUGCGCAUCGCCUGCGAUAAACGCAGCGAUACAAGGCUGUGUAGGCGCAUCGUGUACAAUCAGGCAGACUCUAGUCGCGGUCAACACAACGCAAACGAUGUGCCAUGCGCCAAUUCGUGACAAGACCGGCAAACUCCUGUGGGUUUCAAUCGUGUCCGGUGCCCUCGCACUUCUGGCUAUAAUUAUGCGAUCUACUGUGGCGCUUCUCUCUGAGAAUUGGAGAUGGGACGACGUGUGCGCCCUCGCGGCCUGGUUCUUCUCAAUUCCUUUGACAGUGCUCCAAUUGAUCACACCUGGUCUCGGCUUGGGGAAGGAUACGUGGACGGUGGAACCAUGGAAAAUAAUCAGGGUCCUGCAGAUGAUCUAUGCAUCGCAAGCCGGUUACUUCAUAACGAUCGGGUUCACCAAGAUGACAUUCCUGUUCUUCUUCCUCUAUAUCUUCCCGUCGAAGGGCGUCCGCGUGACAGUCUUCAUACUCAUGGGUAUCACGGUGUGCCACUCUUUGGGAUUUGAGCUGGCAUUGAUAUUCUCUUGUCUCCCUAUCAAGGCCGUCUGGACUGGUUGGAUGAGAGAGGAGCCUUACCAGUACUGCAUGAACCAGAAUGCGUUCAUCUAUGCCGCAGCUGGCACAAACCUUGCCAUCGAUUUGGGCGUAUUGGUGGUGCCAAUCCCACAGCUUUUAAAGCUGAAGCUGAGUUUGAGGCGGAAGUUUUUCCUGCUCUGCAUCUUCAGCACAGGCUUCCUGACGAUGAUAGUCUCAUGUAUUCGUAUACAAACUAUUGCCACAUACGGCAAUUCGAGCAAUCCCAUGUACGACAGCCUCGAAGCUGCUUUAUACUCAGUCUUGGAACAGAACGUUGGGAUAAUUUGCAUCUGCAUGCCAAUGUUCAGACGGUUCCUCGGCCACUUGUUCCCUAGAUGUUUCGCAUCUUCUGACGAUGAUUCGAAUUUCAAGUACGAUGACGGAACGCCCAACGCUCGGUUAUCCAGUGGAAAGCGGAGCACCCCGAGGAACAAGAUAUCGACCUUAGACGGUAGCUUAUUCGAGACACAGAUCACGAAGACUGUGGACACCAGGGUGUCCUCGAAUCAGUUGGAUGAUGAGGUGGGGCUCGUGGAGCUGCAGAACGAUGGCAAGCAUCUGGCAGCCAGCCCAUGAUCUGCAUCGAGUCAGAAAUUACUGGAACAAGAUCUCCGAGGCGGAUCUGGACCUCCAUCACCGCGGUCCGACCUGUCACGGCCGCGUGUGACACCACGCGGCUUCGCAUGGUCUGAUAAUAGCCAUGGACAUCGAUCGUAGCACCGGGUAGCGUACGAUCGACCUCAGAGAGCCACAUCAAGGCUUUGGAAAACAUGCCGGCUGCAAAGAAAUGUAUGCAGAAAGAAU